UGCAAGUAUCGAAGGUAAGGAACAAAUUCACGUGGGGUUAAUUAGUAAGCAUGACUCCUCUAUACUAAUAUCUAAUUAAACCUCAGAUCAAACCCCACCAAAUACCAUCCUUGUAAUUAUAACCAUAAUGGCACUCAGCAACAACGUGAUAGGGGCCAUCAACUUCGUUGCGGUACUUCUCUCAAUUCCAAUCAUUGCUGCAGGGAUCUGGCUAACAACAGAGCCAGCAGAUUCGUGCGUCAAAAUUCUUCAAUGGCCUGUCAUGAUCUUGGGGGUUCUCAUACUUGUAGUGGCUCUGGCAGGGUUUCUAGGAGCCUUCUGGAGAAUCCCUUCGCUUCUGGUCUUCUACCUGGUUGCAAUGUUCGUGCUUAUUCUGUUGCUUGUUAGCUUGGUGGUUUUCACCUAUGCUGUCACCCUCAGAGGCCAUGGCAACAUUGAACCCAAUCGCUCCUACUUGGAAUAUCGUAUCGAUGAUUUCUCACUUUGGCUUCGUCGAAGAGUACGAAGCUCAAACAGAUGGGACAACGUUAGAAGGUGUCUUAUGUCGUCAAAUAUAUGUGCUGAGUUGGAUCAACGCUACCGAACGGCGCAGGACUUCUUCAACGCACACCUAACCCCCAUUCAGUCAGGGUGCUGCAAGCCUCCAACAAAAUGCGGUUACACGUUUGUGAAUCCGACGUAUUGGAUCAGCCCCAUCAACACGGCAGAAGACAUGGAUUGCAUGAAAUGGAGCAACGACCAAGCACAACUUUGUUACAACUGUGAUUCAUGCAAAGCUGGUUUGUUGGCAACCCUUAGGGUGGAGUGGAGAAGGGCCAAUGUGAUCUUGAUCGUUACUCUUGUUGCUUUAAUUGCAGUCUAUUUGGUUGGCUGCUUUGCCUUUAGGAAUACCAAAACGGAUGAGCUCUUUCGCAAAUACAAGCAAGGUUACUCUUAAUUGAGAAGAUCGAUUAUGUUUGACAAUUUCAGGAACUCUUAGGGUUAGGUAAUGAACACUGAAUGUUGAUGCUGGUGGAGAGUGAACUGGGUCAUUUUGUGUUCUCUUAAUUAUUGUAAUUUUCUUUUAUUGAAGAGAAACGAACACAUCCAUCAAAUGUAUGAAUUUGGGAUAUUUUCUUUAAUGUUAAAUUUGAGAAGACUUUUGUUUUUGUA